AUGCAGGUUGUUGAGAGGUCAGGAACCACUCUUCUUAUACGUGAAAAAAACAUAAAUGAAGUCUUCAAACGAAAUAAGGAAGUACUUCUAAAAAAUGGCCUGAGCUCCUUACAACAGUAUCGUCCCUCAAUACAUAAAAGAAGCCUAAAAACAAUGCUAGCUCGUCGUUUUAACGAACCUUCUUUUUAUCCACGCCUGCCUAAAAUACUUGGUGCCUUUGAGACUGGACUUUACAAGAAUUGUGGGAAAGAGGGUCGUCGUUCUCAAAUUUUAGUUGGAAGAAGGGGUCAAAGUUAUACCCCUGACGACGUGUCCGAGUGGUUAAGGAGUGUGACUAGAAAUCACAUGGGCUCUGCCCGCACAGGUUCAAGUCCUGUCGUCGUCGCAACAACUUUUUUUUUGUUAAUUUUUGUUACGCCUUAA